GAAGAAGUCAUGUAGUUUACUGAGUCUUAAGACUAAAGUAUUCCAAACCCAAUAAAAAUUUUAAAAUUUUUAAAAGUGAUCUCUGAAGUAGUUCGUUCAUAGCGAUUUUCUUCAGACCAAAAUACUAAGAAGCAAUUAAAUUUUUUGUGAAAAUACAAAUCUCUCUGUAGCAACGCAAUGGCAGCAUUCUCUGAGCCUCAUUUUGAUGCCUAUCAGGCAGCCAACUUCGGCAAUGCCACCGUCUUCGACAUGGUUCGCCCCGAAAUGCGUCACUUGGUUGACCCCCAUUGGAGCCAAUUUCCCCCAAUGAACCCAUUGUGGCACUCGAUCCUCGGAUUCGCCAUCUUCGUUCUUGGCUUGGUCUCCAUGGCUGGCAACUAUGUCGUCAUCAGUAUUUUCACGUCUGCCAAGAACUUGCGUACCCCAAGCAACUUGCUCGUCGUCAAUUUGGCCGUUUCGGAUUUCCUCAUGAUGUUCUUCAUGGGACCCCCAAUGGUCUACAACUGCAUGAAGCAAACCUGGGUUUUGGGACCUCUCUAUUGCCAAUUGUACGCUGCUUUCGGUUCUUUGUUCGGCUGUGUCUCCAUCUGGAGCAUGACCAUGAUUGCUUUCGACAGAUACAACGUUAUCGUCAAGGGUUUAUCCGCCAAGCCAAUGACCAACGGCUCAGCUCUUACCAAAAUCGCCGUCAUCUGGGUGCUUUCGCUUCUCUGGACUGCUGCUCCAUUCUUCGGAUGGAACAGAUAUGUACCUGAAGGUAACAUGACUGCUUGCGGAACUGACUACAUCACAAAAACCUGGAACAGCCGAUCAUACAUCUUCUUGUAUGCCCUCUUCGUUUACUGGACACCUUUGUUCUUGAUCAUCUACUCGUACUUCUUCAUCCUUAAGGCCGUAUCUGCCCACGAGAAAUCUAUGCGUGAUCAAGCCAAGAAGAUGAACGUUGCCUCACUCCGUUCAUCGGAAGCACAAAACCAAAGCACCGAAUGCAAAUUGGCAAAGGUCGCUCUCAUGACAAUCUCCUUGUGGUUCAUGGCAUGGACACCAUACUUGAUCAUCAACUUCACCGGAGUCAUUGGAGGCACCAAGAUCAGCCCCUUGGCUACAAUCUGGGGAUCCUUGUUCGCCAAAGCUAACGCCGUCUACAAUCCAAUUGUCUAUGGCAUCAGCCAUCCUAAAUACCAAGAAGCUUUGUACAAGAAAUACCCAUCUCUUGCAUGCGGAGGCGGAAACAACAACGCUAACGAUAGCCAAUCCGUUGCCUCUGACGCUACUCAAGCUACCGCCGAGAAAGCCUAAGAAGCUCCCGGAUUAAACUAAAUAUCAUAUUUAUUGGGAAAAAAUAUUUUAUUUUAUCAUUAGCGUAUCUUCUUGUGUAUGCGAUGCUGUUACUUCAUAGAUAAAUUAGAUUAGAGAUUUUAUUUUUUUUGUCGUUUUUGGAAAAGAAAAAAAAUUGUAAAAAUAAUUGGAAUUUUAAAUUUUCGUAGAAAUGCCGUGGAAACAUGGCUAAAUAGAUAAAUAAACACAUUUAAUUGCAAGCAUACUAUAAAAGCAAA